UCAAACGUCAUCGUGACAAUCGAAGUCGAUUGCAUCUAAUCUCGCGCGAAGUGAGGUUAUAUUUGUUUACAAAACAGUUAUUAUUAAAAAUAUCAAGCUGUCGGCGAAAAUAGAUUUGGAUAUGAGCUUGCAAACUGACUUUGGCCCCGAUUCAGGGGGCAGAGUUAAAGGUCUUGUGAUAGUAAAACCUAUAGUAUACGGGAAUGUGGCGCGAUACUUUGGCAAGAAGCGUGAGGAAGACGGCCAUACACAUCAAUGGACGGUAUACGUGAAGCCUUAUGCUAACGAGGACAUGUCCACAUACAUUAAGAAAGUCCACUUUAAAUUGCACGAGAGUUAUGCAAACCCCAACAGGGUGGUUACUAAACAACCGUAUGAGCUGACCGAGACAGGUUGGGGGGAGUUCGAGAUAGUCAUAAAAAUCUACUUCCACGAUCCAAAUGAACGACCUGUGGCACUAUACCAUAUUCUCAAGCUUUUCCAGUCGCCAGUUACGGACGGAGCUCCUCCGACAGUGGGUCGAGCACUGGUCAGUGAAUCCUAUGAAGAGAUAGUGUUCCAAGAACCAACACAGCUGAUGCAGCAUUUGCUGAACAGUGUCAAACCCAUCACUAAUGGACCCUGGACUCAUGACACUGAUUUUGAAGAAAAGAAAGAAAAGACAUUACAAAAGAUAAUAGCAGCACAAACUAAAGUCCGGAGUGAAAUAUCAGAACUUAAGGAGAAGCUACACUUGGCUAAGGAAACUAUUAAUAAAUUCAAAGACGAAAUUGCGAAACUACAGAAUAGCAGUGGCGGUGGCAUGAUGACUGGUGUAUAACCUACUUUAUAAGAUAAGAUAGUCACUAUAAUAUUUAAAACACAUGAAUCACUGAACUAUUUUUACGUUAAUAAUUUUGCAAUAACCACCAAAUUUAAUGAUUUUUUUCUUUUAUCAGGCAUAAGCCAGGGUUCUUUAAAACAUACCUCCAUGUAUGGAUAGAUGAAUGCCACAUUAUUGUAUACUUCAAACUAAUAUAAAUGAUUAUAUAAUCACUAUCAAUUGACCAUGAAAGAAGAAAUAUAUAUUGUGUCAUCUAGAGUACUGUAGAAUACUUGAGUACAUUCGAAUCAGUCGUGUCAGCUAGAGUACUGUAGAUUAAGUACAUCCGAAUCAGCAGUGUCAACUAGAGUACCCUACAAUACUUACAUACAAUCGAAUCAGCCGUGUCAGUUAGAGUACUCUAGAAUACUUAAGUACAUUCUAAUCAGUUGUGUCAUCUAGAGUACUCUAAAAUAUUUAAGUACAAUAAUCCAGAUCUAAUUAAAAUUCAGUGCCAACAGUAAUGUUGGAUUGAGAAGACCGAUGCAUAGGAAGAAAAUAAAAUUGUGGUAUUAGAAUGUAUUAUUAUCAUUCGAUAUUUUAGUGAAUUAAAUUAAUUUCAUAUUAAAAGGCUGAUUUAUUGAAGAUAAUGAACAUAUUUGAAGAAUAAUGUUCAUAAAUAUGAACAGCGAUUCGUCUGUUUAGUUGUAGGUAGUUUUAAUUCGUUAGUAAUAAUUUUUAUAUGUAAUUAAAUAUGUAAUGAUACAUGAACUGA